CCAGACAGGCUUGUACCUCUGAUGACGCCACACAGCCCUGUCAGAGAGGGGACGUACAGGAUACAGGUGUUUGCUCUCUAACUCCGUGACAAACAUGGGAUCCGCAAUCAUUACCUGUGUGGAAAUUUUACUUUUUGUUGUCUUUUGCACAGAUUUCACAAGGUGCUCAGAGUGGAGUUACAAAGGUGACACAGGUCCUGGACACUGGCAUGACCUGUUCCCCGAAGCCUGCUCCGGCAACCUCCAGUCCCCCAUCAACAUCAACCCCGAGGAGACCGUGUACAACCCAAACCUCAGGGAAUUCGCCAUCUGGUAUGACCCACCCAAGGACAAUGCUCAAAUGUUUGUCAAGAACAACGGACAUGCAGUCCAAGUAGACACAUUGGGAGAUUUCUUUGUAACCAACGGAGGUCUACCAUAUGUGUACAAGACAGCGCAGUUCCACUUCCACUGGGGGCACAAGAACCACCAGGGCUCGGAGCACCGCAUCGAGGGGCAGGCACACCCGCUUGAGCUUCACAUAGUGAACUUCAACAGCGACCUGUUCGGCACCAUCGCUGAGGCUGUCUCCGAACCCAUGGGACUGGCAGUGUUAGGGGUACUCUUUGAGAUUGUUGAUGAAGACAAUGAAGUGCUUAAACCCAUUCUGGAAGCCAUGGAGGAGGUCAAGGACCCAGAUGAUGAUAAUCUUGUGGAAAUAAAAGCGAUCGCACUCCGUGAUCUGUUGCCAGCGGAUACGGCACAAUACUUCCGCUACAAUGGGUCCCUGACCACGCCCGGGUGCUUUGAGAGUGUCAUGUGGACGGUCUUCAGACAGCGCCAAAAGAUCUCACUGGACCAGCUUCUGAAGUUCCGCAAAGUCCUGAAGCCCAAGCACAAAAAACAUGCUCAUAAGCACAAACACCAAAGAAGGCACAUCAAACGUUCCAGUGCUGAAAAGAACGCUGAAACAGUUCUUGAUGAACUUGGUAUCCAUGGAAACCACAUGGCAGAGGAUGAACUUAAGGCUGACAUGGCAGUAAAACUUGCAGCAUCAACCAAGGCACCGGUGGAUGAGAUGACAGCAGCAGCCCUGGUAGAUGCUACAACAGAACCCUCUCCAACAGAGUCGGCAGCAGAACUGGAUGAGGACUCGGCCAAGCGAGCCCAGGACAACAUGGUCAGGCAUGUCAUGGAGAAGGAAGCAGAAGACAAACAGGCCCAUGAGGAACACAUGGCAGAGAUCCAAGAAUACAUCCAGGAAGAACUGGCGGACAAUUUCCGUCCAAUUCAACCACUCAAUGGACGCCUUAUUGAGAGAAGCUUCAAGCUGAGCGUGCAGCAGGUGUUUGUGGCUACAAACGGCGGACCAAAUCCGCCAAGUUACAACAUUCCUGAAAACAACAGCCAUCGUGGUCAUUCUGUGGAGUCCAAAUCCCAGGGCAGUGGUGCUGGUCUCGCAGGCCUCUCCUUCAUCACUGUCCUUGCUUCUGUGCUAGCUCUCCUCAUGUGCUGAGGCACAGGUCAAACUCCAUGUGAACUCACAUUGAUGGCAUCAUUGUUCCAAGUGUGACAUAUUGCAGGCACAUCAGGAUGCAUGUACAGAUCAGGUAGACCCAGCUGGAGCAAUGAUGUGUCAUGGCUGAUUUCUUGCACAUUGCAAUACAAAUCAUGAUCCAGGUUUCUUUACACUGAGAUUACCUCUAAAGGUUUUAUAAGACAAGUUAUCAAUAAUAUAUAUUAAUUAAACAACAUUUCAUUUCACAUUAUUUUCUUGUAACUAUCAAUAAUAUUACCUAUUAUCAGAGACCAUGGUGUUAUAAUAGUGUUUAGUGAUAUAUCAAAUCAUGUAUAAUGCUUUAAGUCACCAGUUAAAGUUAUAUUACACAUAUCUACUGAAAUAUAAUGAGGAAUGAUUUGAUACAGAUUAUUUCACCUCCCCCUCCUAAAACCCCCACCCCUACUCCCUAUGAAUCUCACUCCAAACUGACAUUUAAUAUCUAGUAGUAGAAAAGUAGAAAACUGUUCAUAUGAAUGCAUAAUCCAUUAAAAUAUGUACACAUGUUUUAUUUGAUCAUCAGAUUGUCCCUUUCUUCUUUCAACAGUCUGGCAAAUAAUUUACAGAUAUGAUUUCAACUCUUAUUUCAUCAAUCUUUUCAAUUGUCAGAAUUUAAGUAAGAGGAGGUGAUAUUGAAUUCCAGUUUAGUAAGAUUGAGUGAAAACACGUCAAGGGACAAUGAGCCAUGCAAGGUGAUUGAUACAAGGUUGUUGUUAGGAUGUCUUCAUCAUUCACAAUCCAGAUGUGAGGCAAAUCACACCAUUAUGACAAGUUUGAUUUUAAGAUAUCAUUUCUUUCAAACACCAUUUUCUCAAUCCAUAAAUCCAUAUACCCAAGGAAAUAGUGAUUAUAUUCCCAAUAGAAAGGAUACAAUUAACAAAGAUUUUACUCCAGAUAAUUGAAUGCCAAAUUAGUGGGCUGCUGCAAAUAUUAUAGAGAACUAUUUGAAAAAAAAAAAUUCUCAGGAGGGUGCUUGGUAUGAACUUGACAUGGUGAGUUCAUGGGCUAAAACUACAGGGUUUUUAUAAUGUUCUUAGAGUUGUCUCCCCUCAAAGGGAGGAAAGUUUGAAUUCUCUACAUGUAGUUUUGUAUAUUAGCCUACACACUUGCUUAGUUAUAUAAUAAUCAGCUUGUCAUGGAAUCUGCUCUUCUCCCCUUUAAAAGAUACAUGUACAUUUGUAAGCUACCUUGUAUAACCAUGGGCAGUUGUUUUAGAUUAUAACUGCACAAACUUAUUGCCGAUUUUCUUUCACCACAAAUUACCGCUUCCAGAAAGAAAAUGUACGGUCAUAUACGAAACCUGUUAAAGUCUCUACAGCAGAUCCGAUUUUGUACAUUUGAAAGCAUUUUUAUAUACAUACUACUAUAGCCAUCGGAGUAACAUGUUCAAAUAGUUACUUUUAUAUACCAGCGAAGACAAAAUAUUUUAUGGACGACAACUUCUUCAUUCUAUUAUGAUGCAAUGUUUCGGUAUAGAUCCUUAUACCGUAGUCAAGCAUAUACUGAGCCUCUUGCACAUAAUACCAAAGUCACAAAGUGACUUGAUUUAAUAGUCUCAAGCCAGUGUCUAAUAAAUAAACAAUCCUCAUGUCCAGUAAAAACUGCAAAUUAUAGUCACUAUGUUGAUGCAAAAAUCUGAUAUGUCAAAUGACAACUUCAGACUAUUAGACACAACCACCUGCUCGUAUAGGGCCACAAAAUGUUUACUUAAAACUUUUUAAAAAAUCAUUACAUUGAAGUGCAAGCCAAACUUUCUUACUCUUACGGAUUAUGCUCUGACAAAUCCUGGUUGUUAGGAUGGAAAAUAAAUAAUUAUAAAAAAGAUACUUAUUUAUAAUUUUUACUUGUUCUUCAAAAUAUUAUCUGAAUUCUGUCAUGUGUGCAAUGUCAGUUAAGAAAGUCAUGCAGUUGACGCUACUCCCCCCCCCCCCCCCCCCCUUCCAUACACCCUUACUUGUGAAGUGCACCCCUCGCCCUUCGCCCUUCGCCCUUCACCAUGUCCAGUGGUAAGUUAUGCAUUAUGUGCACACCCUGUUCAAAAUCCUGGAUCCACCUCUGUGUGCAUAGUCUUUUUUUUUCAACUUUCAGUUCGUUAUGGUUGCCGCAAGGUGUAAACCAAUCUCCUACAAAUGUCUCUCCUGGAGACACCACAUGUGCAUGCUUAACUAUUAUCUAGUGGGAUUGUGAUAGCCAAGACUAGAUGUGUACAGAUUAUGUAAUACAGAAAUAUAUAUGUCGCUCAUGUAUGUCUGAUAACUUAACAGGAUGUGUGGCAAUAAACGUUGACUGAUUUUUAUAGAA